AACUCCUUUUUCUGUCUCUCCUUGUGGAGCAUCAACGACGACCCAUCACUGAGACGAUGUCGCCGAGUCAAGGAUCAGCGGAGCAGGGCGAAGCGGAGCAGGGUGAAGCAAUGAACGAUCUCGAGCGAGUCAAAUCGGAUGAUCCGUUUCUCGUCCAGUACCAGCCGUCGGAUCUGAAGAUCGCGUCGGAGUUCUUGACGACGUGGCUUCCUUUCCUAUCCAGAGAUCUUUGCGAACAGUGCGCUGAAAAGCUCUCCAGGCGCAUCCGCUCUCUCGAAACAGAACCUUCAAAUUCAGAUGCUAAUGCAACCACUUCUACCACCAGUAACGUGGAUUUAGCAAACCUGAAUGAGAAUUGUGAUGAUAUUUGUGAUGCAGAUUCGAUUGCAAGUUCAAAAGAUGGGGCAGACACAAACUCAUUGGGUAGUUGGAAAGAUGGGGCAAAUGGGUGGUCUGAACCCAAGUCAGAGGCCUCCACCAGUGGAGUAACUGGUGACUCAACUUUGGUUGAAUCUCCAGUUCCUCGUCUAUCUUGGGCAGACAUGGCUCAGGAAGAUGAGCUUGAGGAAGAAGAAGAAGAACAAUGCGAAGCGACUAAGCGUGUUGUUGAUGUAAACUCUUCCACAGGAGAGUUGAGGGUAUCUAAGGUCGUGGAGAAGCCUAAGCUGCCUAGGGAUCAGAGAGAGCACAUUCGGUUUACGAAUGUGAAGAGGAAUAAAGAUUUUAUUUGUUUUGAGAGAGUAGGAGGAAAACUUGUUAACAUUCUUGAGGGACUUGAACUUCAUACCGGAAUUUUCAGUGCUGCUGAGCAGAAGAGGAUAAUUGCCCAUAUUAAUACGCUUCAAGAGAUGGGGAGAAAAGGAGAUUUAAAAGGGCGGACAUAUACAGCACCACAGAAGUGGAUGAGGGGUAAAGGGCGUGUAACCCUCCAAUUUGGUUGCUGUUACAAUUAUGCAGUAGAUAAAAAUGGUAACCCACCAGGCAUUCUUCAAGAUGAAGUUGUAGAACCUCUUCCUCAUCUCUUUAAGGUGAUAAUUAGAAGGCUUGUCAGGUGGCAUGUGCUUCCACCAACUUGUGUUCCUGACAGUUGUAUUGUCAAUAUUUAUGAAGAAGGUGACUGCAUACCUCCUCACAUUGACAACCAUGACUUUGUUCGCCCAUUCUGUACUGUGUCAUUUCUUAGUGAAUGCAACAUUGUUUUUGGGUCAAAUUUAAAGGCUGUGAGUGCUGGUGAAUUUGCUGGUCCAAUUAACAUUCCCCUCCCCAUGGGAUCAGUUCUUGUUUUAAAUGGAAAUGGUGCUGAUGUGGCUAAACAUUGUGUGCCUGCAGUCUCUACAAAGAGGAUAUCAAUCACAUUUAGGAGAAUGGACGAAUCAAAACGGCCAAUGCUGUAUGCUCCAGAACCUGACUUGCAGGGGAUUGAACCAUUAUCUUAUGAGGCAGAAAAAGUCAAGUCUAAAUCACCUAGAUCUGAUCGUCAUACGAGAAGGCAACCCUUAAGAAGGGAGGAUAAAACAGAAGCAAGGGGAAUAAUAGAUACAAAUGAGCAGUGGGAACCUCGUUACUCAACCUGGACUAGAAGAAUGCCUGCAAAUAAGAGAAGGACCAAUUUGAGUCUUGGGAGCUGAAAGGUUGCUUGAUUUCAGUUAUUGGUUUGAUUUCAUAUUCGUAUAAAUUAGAGAUUGGUUGCAUAUUGGAUUCAUAAUUGGUUCUCCUGUUGGAAACAUGGCUGGAGGACUAGCUCAAACUUGUUUGAAGCUGCUUGUUUUUGAUGGAUUGCAUUGUUACAGUACCGUAAGCAAAGCAUGGGCAUCCUGUUGGCUGAAGGUAUGAGAAUCUGUAUUUUUCUUAACCCAUCUGUCUGUGUUGAGUGAUAUUCGAAUAUAUUCGGAAUUGUAUGAUAUGAUGUACCUAAUUAGCACGCAUACCAUAAAAUCCUCGUCUAAGGUUUUCAGAUGCAAUUUGCUUAUCAUUGAUUUGUAAUCAGAUUUUUAUUGUGAGCUAAUUAUUCUAUAUGGAUUAUCUUUAAACAGUCUUAACUAUACAUCUUUAGACUAGCUUUAGAGAUUUGGGGAGAAAAUAAGAGCAAAGAAGAUGAUUACCCGAAAGAAAAGGUUGUGUACCCCCGCGGCUGCAUACAUGUAGCCCACUUCUUAUGAGGUAAGCAGCUCAGGCUAACCUAAAAAGUUGAUUAAAAAACAAACCCACAUGGUCAUGGAGAGAUUGAGCAACAAAACCCAAGGUGAAUG